AGGUUUCAAAAAAAAAAAAAGAAAAAAAGAGAGCGAAUAUUAAAGCACGGAGACCCUUUUCUCCCUAAAUUUCCCUUUUAUUUUUCCUUUUUUUUCUCUCCUAUUAUUUUUGGCCUCCGAGCUUUUAUUUCUUUUAAUAAUUUCUCUCGUCUUUUUAAUUGAUCUCAGAUAUCAGUUCUGAGAAACCCUAACCCUAGAAUCGGAGAGAUCGUAGGCGGAAACCCUCUAGAUCUCUACAAUCGUUGGGAAUUGGUGUCUCGUUUAGGGUUUGGAGAGCUAGGGUUUAAGUAGUUAGUAUCGAUGAGAGGAGUCGAGGGAGAGGGUGGUGGGGUUGCGGAGAACCCGGGCCCCGUUAGCGACCUCGGAGAAUCGGGCGAUGCUGUUGCUGCAGAUAAUGCCGCUUUUGAUGCUUCACAAUAUGCGUUCUUCGGUAAGGGGAUUGUGGAAGAGGUUGAACUAGGUGGGCUAGAAGAUGAAAUUGAUAAUGAUACAGGAUCUGGUGGGCCUGCUGACGAAGAAUAUCAUUUCUCUUCAUUUGGAAAUAGAGAAGAGGUUGAAGGAUUGGGUUCUUUAUCUGAUAUUGAUGAUCUUACAAGCACAUUUGCAAAGCUGAACAGAGUUGUUAAUGAACCAAGGCAUGCUGGAGUUAUUGGAGAUAGAGGAUCUUUUUCUAGAGAAAGUUCUUCAACCUCUGACUGGAUUCAGGAGGCGGAGUACCCAAGUUGGACAGAACAGCAGUUUUUAGAUGCUGAAAGUGCCCAAGAAGCCAAAAGAUGGUGGUCGCAUCCUGACCGUUCAUUGUUGUGGCUUGCAGAUUCCAAACCACUGUACAGAACAUCCUCAUACCCUCAGCAGCAACCACAACAUCACCUGAGCGAACAAAUCCUUGUCCCCAAAUCAUCUUUCCCUUCCUAUCCUUCGCCGGGUGGUGGCAACCGAUCCUACCCUUCGCUAAAUCUGACUCGCCACUCAAGCAUCCCUUCUCUCAGUAGUGGCCUCCAUUUGCCUUCUCCUAGUGCUUCUCCUUUUUCGGGUCUCUCAGGACUACCUCAUGGCCGCCGCUAUGGUGGGAGUUUGCCUUUUACUCCAUCAAAUCUGUCAAUUAGUGGCCAGCCCCAAAACCAUUGGUCAUUCCAAGCCAACCAGUUUGCAGCAGAGCAUCUGAAUCUAUUACCCGGCUUGUUACAACAGUUUCCUCAUCCGGAUGGUUUGAUUCCAUCAUCUCGGCUCUUGUCUCAGCAGCAGCAACAGCAGCUCCAGCUAUCUCUUCCUUACCCACACUUGCAGUCUCACCUCUUCAAUCGCCAUCCACAGCCAAUCAGAGACCAGCGGUCUAAACCAUCGCACAGGGGAAGACACAAUGCCACACGCCUUUCCCAACAGUCUUCUGACGCGAGUAGCCAGAAGAGUGAAACAGGGUGGCUGCAGUUCAGAUCCAAAUACAUGUCCGCCGAAGAGAUCGAGAGCAUUUUGAGGAUGCAGCAUGCCGCAACUCACAGCAAUGAUCCUUAUAUAGAUGACUACUACCACCAGGCUUGUCUCGCAAAGAAGUCCUCUAAUUCCCGGUUUAAGCAUCAUUUCUGCCCAACCUCUAUAAAGGAUCUGCCAUCAAGAACACGCUCAAACAGCGAACAGCACGCAUACCUCCAUGUCGAUGCGCUGGGGAGGGUUUCUUUCUCCUCCAUCCGACGGCCGCGCCCUCUCCUCGAAGUGGACCCGCCAUCAUCCGCAUCAGGCAAUGGGGUCCACGAACAGAAGUCUUCUGUAAAGCCCUUAGAGCAGGAACCUAUGCUGGCUGCAAGAAUCACCGUUGAGGAUGGGCUUUGCCUUCUGCUUGACGUAGAUGACAUUGAUCGGCUUCUACAGUCCAGCCAGUCACAGGAUGGCGGCUUCCAUCUGAAGCGUCGGAGGGAAGUGCUUUUGGAAGGGCUUGCGACUUCGCUUCAGCUCGUGGACCCCCUUGGGCCGGGCAAGCCUGGCCACUCAGCAGGGCUUGGACCACAGGAUGACCUCAUCUUCCUCCGUAUAAUGUCACUUCCUAAAGGCCGGAAGCUCUUAUUGCACUACCUUCAGCUUCUUAUACCUGGAAGCGAGCUUGUGCGCAUAGUCUGCAUGGCCAUUUUCCGCCACCUUAGGUUUCUGUUCGGUGGAUUGUCCUCAGACCUUGGUGCGGCAGAAACAACCACCAACCUUGCAAGAACUGUUUCUUCUUGCAUGCACAGUAUGGAACUUAGUGCUCUAAGUGCUUGUCUUGCUGCCAUCGUCUGCUCCUCCGAACAGCCGCCUCUUCGCCCUCUCGGUAGUUCGGCUGGCGACGGGGCUUCUGUAAUUAUAAAAGCGCUUCUAGACCGAGCAACAGAGCUUCUCACUGAUUCCCAUGCUUCGACCAGCUAUAGUGUGUCUCACCGAGCUCUUUGGCAGGCGUCUUUUGAUGCUUUCUUCGGGCUUCUUACGAAUUAUUGUCUCAGUAAAUAUGAGAGCAUAAUGCAAAUGCUGUUCAUACAAGCGCCACCAAGUGCGGCUAUAAUUGGAUCUGGAGCAACCAGAGCUAUAAGCAGGGAGAUGCCAAUUGAGCUUCUUCGUGCAAGCCUCCCUCACACGAAUGAGCAGCAAAGAAGAAAGCUACUCGAUUUUGCUCAGAGAUCGAUGCCCGUCACUGGUUUUAAUACUCACGGUGGUGACAGCGGGCCCAUUACUUCUGAAUCUGUCCCUGGCUAAUGUACCAUCAAGAGAUAAUUAAGCGGCUUGAUUAAACCAUGUCGUCUGUGAAUUAUCUGCAACCCUCUGUGAAGCAAAACACACACGGUCUGCCUAUAUAGAACAUAACCCGCAGAAGGGGAAGAUGAUAAUAUUUAAGGUUCAGAUUAAACUUUAGACACUCUUUCUUUUUCGUCUUUCAAUUGCUUCUUUGGCAUCUGAACGCAUCAAUCGAUGCAUAAGUAUAGCGUUUUAGACUGGGAUUCUUGCUGGGGAGCUUUAAUUCACGGGUCUAUUUCUCAAGGUGUUGAAAAGUUGUACAGGGUCUCUGUUGCUGUAACCUUCUUCGAAUGUUCUUUUGAAGGCGACCGAAGGUGUCAUAAGCUCAGGUUCUUUUUAUGUUAUUACUUUUGGUGGGUAAGGAAAGCUUGGCGGUAGCUUCUAUACGGUCGGGAGCUGUGGCUAUGGUCAAGUUCUGCACAGUUUGUUCUUCUUUUUCUUUCCUCUGCAUUAUUUUUCUCCUUUGCUCAAAUUUCAGUUGCGCCAUGUAGUAUUCUAAUCAUCUUGGACGAAGUGUUAAAUACUCCGCAAAUGAACUCGUUACUACUUAAUGGUAGGUGUAAUAUUUCCUGUUUAUGUUUUUAUUUAGUGGGUCUAUGGACAUGGUCAGAUGUUGCUGUCGAAUUCGAUAAUAUCAGAAAAUCAGGUAUGUUUUUCUGAUAAGCUCUCUUGAGUUAAGUUGGUUAUCUGUCAUUUGUUGCUACUGCAGAAUUGGAAUGUAAACAAAUAUUAUCCUGUGGGAUCUCUGAUGUGAAUUAGGUGGCAACUAAAAUUUCCCAAAAUGGAGGAGCUACUUGAUCUGCAGCUGUUGUUUUCAGAGUUUCUCUUGUAAGAAUUUGAAGCCCCAGGUAUAUGUAUUUUACUACUGCUAAAUGCAAUUUAAAGAAAAAGUUGUUUUGUGUUUUCA